GACAUGAGCAGGGAGGUACCUACCUGUUGAUAGAGAAGAGGAAAUCUGACAGCAGAGCGUACUAGUUGAACUACCACAGAAGGAGCAUGACGCCCGGCUGAGGGGAAAUACACAUGUACCUUUGGAGGAACUUGUCAGUGGACUGAAGAAGAAGGGAGAUAAAUAUGGGUGGAACUAUAAGUCAGAAGAAGGGCAACAGAAAAGCCAGCACCAGGAGUCGCACCAGCAGUGCUGUCUCUGACUCAGAGGGUAAUUUUGGCACCCCCGAAGCUGCGACUCCUGUGGUCCAGGGAGAGCUGGAGAACAUCGACACUGAUGCUGACAAAACAGACUUGGAUCAGGAGGAACACCUGAUAGUGACUGUCCCUGUCCAGGAUCAGGGUGAUUUCUUGGACCGCAGGAUGGGUCAGGACGAGCCUGCAGUUCCCAUGGGUGGUCCAUUGGAAAUAAACAUCCAGGUUGAGCAAUGUGAAAAUCUUCAAGAUGGUUUUGGUUCUGUGCCAGUCCCUGAAUCAUGGGCCAUCAAAGAAACUCCUGAAUGCAAGUCAGUAUUUCCUGAGUCAUCCCUGGCUCCAACAGAUUCUGUCCUCAGUCCAACUGCUGCUCCAGCUUUUACACUUGCUCCUGCUCCUGCCUCACACUCAUCUCCAGAGCCACCUCCUUCUUCUUGCUCAGCCCCAGCUCCUGCUCUUGAUACAGUCACUAUUCCGGCUGCUUCUCAAGCUUCCACUCCAGCUACAACCACAGCUCCAGCUCCACCUUUAUCUCCAGCUCAAGCUUCAUUUGCCACCCAUGGCUCCGUUACUCCUCCAGCUCCUGCACCAACUCCUGCUCCUGUUACAGCUCCAACUCCUACUAUAGUCCCUAUUGCUGCUUCAGUUUCAGAGCCACAUGUUGACCCACCUCAUGGUAUAGAUUCUGCUCCAGCUCCAGCUCCAAACAAAAAACAAGACACUUUAAGACCCAGUGAUCUUGAACCCCGCCAGUGUCUGGAGGUUCCUGGAGAAAGCCCUGUUGUUGUUCCAGAACCAGAUUGUAAUGACUCUCCCAAACAGCCAGAGCCCACAAGAAAGACUAAAAUUGAUGUAUCUAAGCCCUCAUCUUUGAAAAUGAAGGCUCCACCACCUGAGAUUGAAAGCACAAACGAGGAACAAGAAUUCCCUGCUCCCAAGGCCAUGUACAACUUUGACCCAGACAGUAUGGAUUUCAGCUUUAAUCCUUUUAUCAGUGGUGGGUCAAAAAUACCCAACUCUCCUCCACCCUGUGGUUCCAAUGACUCACCAAGACUUGAGCCACUUGGUUGCUCAACACCUGCCUAUGAGCAGAGUACAACACACGUGGGAGAGGUUACUGAACCUAUAUCAGAGACAAAACCAGUGAUGCUGGAGUUUGGUCUGGAUGAUGGGAUGGCAAGCAAGCCCCCUCCAAGGAAACUGGGCACAAAAAAGACAAUCAGCAAACUUGGAGCUAGGAAACAGAAACCCAAAGGAUUGGUGCCUCCCUCCAAACCUGCACCUAAAUCCACAGGGUCAGAACCAGCAUCUCAAACAGUAACAGAGCCUGUAUCCAAGACCAUGUCAGAACCAACUUCAGCUCAUCUUCCAGAAACUGUUGUGCCACUUUCAGAGUCUUCUGCACCACUGAACCUCGACGACAUUCCUAUACCCAAGGCGGGAUCUUAUAACUUUGACCCCAACCAGUGGGAGGACCCGGAUUUCAAUCCUUUUGGUAGUAAUAACAAGAUGAGCAGCUCCCCAGUGCUCCCUAAAGGACCCUACAGUUCUGACCCAGAGAACUUUGACGACUCAGCGAACCCUUUUAAACCCACCAAUAGCCUGAAUACAGAAGGCGCAACCGGUGUUGCUGCACCGGCUGAAAACAAAGUGAAGGACAUAGGCAAACAGAAAGUCAGGAGCUUGUCUGAUGAAAAGAAACCCAAGCAGAUUCCCAAAACAGCCAAAGACAGGACAAUGGAGAACUCCUGCAAGGUGCAAAAAUAUGACGAAAGCCAGUCGUUGGUACUCGACGUGUGUAAUCAGGAAGAAAAGGUGGUUCAGACCCCAGAAAUCAACCAGCGGGUUCAUCAUGCCACAGAUGAGGAGAAGCUGGCAUCUACUGGUGUUAAGAGUCGAGUGACGGACAUCCAGGAAGAGAAAGCAGCACUUGAUUUUGAAGAAGAACCUUUGAAAACACUGUCAGUCGUCGAUUUAGAUGAUUCCGAGUUCAAGAUUUCCAGUCAGCUGGAGGACACCAGCAGUCUGAAGGACAAUGUAAUCAAGACAUCUAUGAACCAAAUGUCAAAAGUGCCCAGCAGUGAUGACACUGACAUUGGAUUUCUGACCAAGCACAACGUUCCUCAGAGUGAGAUGGACAAGGCUGCAGUUCUCACCCUCAUCAGAGAGGAGAUUAUUGCUAAAGAAAUUGAGGUGAAUGAGUGGAAAAGAAAAUACGAGGAGAGCAAAGCAGAAGUUUUGGAGAUGAGGAAAAUUGUAGCUGAGUACGAGAAGACGAUUGCGCAGAUGAUUGAGGAUGAGCAGCAGCACAAAAGCCUGUCCUCCAGUCAUACACUGAGGCAGUUGACCUUAGAAAGGGAUCAGGCUCUAGCUGAUCUCAGCUCAGUGGAGCGUUCCUUUGCUGAUCUCUUCAGGAGGUAUGAGAACAUGAAGGGGGUUCUGGAAGGCUUUAAGAAGAAUGAGGAGGUGCUAAAGAAGAGUGCACAGGAUUACCUGAUGAGGAUCAAGCAGGAAGAGCAACGGUACCAAACCCUGAAGGUGCACGCUGAGGAGAAACUAAACAAGUCUAAUGAAGAGAUAGCCCAAGUGCGUGCCAAGGCAAGCUCUGAGAGCAUCGCACUGCACGCCAGUCUGAGAAAAGAGCAGAUGAAGGUGGAGUCGCUCGAAAAAGCGGUGCUUCAAAAGAAUCAAGAGAUUGAGGAGCUGACCAAGAUCUGUGAUGAACUGAUCGCAAAACUAGGAACAAGCUAGGGCUCUGAUAGCUACAAAAAAUGUAUAAUCAGUGCAGCACCCUACAGCAUGUCUUUCCAUCAGUCUUUAUUGGUAAGAAAAGUGCAUUAUGUCAGUGUUGUACAGAAUACGAUUGAUUGGGCCUGCUUGUUUUAUUUCUAAGGCUGAAAUCUUUACCCAGAUGUGUAAUAGCACAAGUGUUACAAUAACUGUUUGAAGAAAAUUAUCUCAAAGGACAAGGAGAGCAAAUUAUUGAUUUUUGAGAUCUGUAUAAAAAAUCUGCUAUGUUUUUCAUUUAAACCCCAUGGCUCAAAAAAGAGCACUUAAAGGAAACCAGUGGUAAAAAUAUUCGAUAUAUUUGUAAUGUAUAUGCAUCUGAUGACUAAAAUUAAUCAGUGUGGUAUAUUGUAUCUCCACUCUGUAAAAGUUAAAAGCACAUUUUGCGCAUGGCCCAUACAUUUGUUCAGAUGUUAAUCUGUAUUUAAUCUGUGAGCUCACCUGCUGCUGUGCCUUUUUUACAGUUAAGGCGUUAAACGUUUCCACCAAACUCCACAGUCUCCAAAGUUUGUAUCCAUGCAGUGCCCAGGUGCAAAGUCUGUCUAGAAAUGCCAUCAUGUAGUGUUUAUUAUAGAUUUACAUGCUUUAUUUACAGAUAUACAUGAAAAAAAUUAAUAAAACAGUUGUUACAUAAUGGACCACUUUAUCUUAAGAUAAAGGCAUUUAUUUUGGUAGCAUAUCAAGAUGAUGUAGGAAUUAAUCUGCUAAAUAUUUUCCAGUCUGGUAUCACUCAGAUAUAAUGGGUCAGAUUUUCUAUGAGAACUGUUGUAUACAUCAGCACAAUCAUUUGCCAAAUGUCAGUGGGGUUCAGUGUAACUGUGUCAGGUUGUAAUGGCGUUACAGUGAGGUGCUUUACAUUGCAAAACCAUAUCAUUGCUAAUGUUUGAAUUUUUUACAUUGUGAAAAUAGUAUUCUGAAAUUUGUUUCUAAUAUUUGUAAAAUUGAAGAUUGAGGUAUACAUGAUCCAAAUAUUUUGUGCAUUCCUAAAUAAAUUUAAAAUUGUGA